AUGCGUCCGCAGACGCCGGCAGAGGCAUCCGCAGAUGGAUCACCACGAGCCGACCACACGUCCGAAACAAUAUCUGGAAUUUCACCAAUUCACGAUUAUACAAAUAAAGUUAAUUCUAAGCUCAACAAUGAAAAGUUUUUAUUAAGUUCACCUCACAAAGUUCUAAAACACUUGGACAACUCAAUUCUAAAAUCGACCAAAAAUGUAACACAAAAUCCGGAAAUGGAAGAAAAUCUAUACAAAAUAUCAAAAGAUUUAGUUUCUGCAAUACUAACCAAACUUGAAAUACAGGAUAAAAUAACAAGAAUUACACGAGAGGCGCUAGAUGCACCAGGUAAAACUAAAGGUAUGACGGCAAUAGAGACUAGGCGUAUAUUAGAUUACAUCUCAAGAACGCUAUCUGGGCAUAUCUUGACUAUAACUAGAGCAUCUACUGAACCCGAACUGCAUCGUUUAGUUUUUGGCUUAGCACAAAUAGCAGCGGAAGUAUCCAUUGUUUCCGCUUUAAAGGAUAUCACAUACGCGACAGCUCUAUCUAAAAAGCAAUCGGUUGAUUUAUCACUUCGGAAAAAGAGGUCUGCAUUUCCUAAGCAUGAAAUUAUUGGAACUACCUUCCCGCCUGCUAGCAAUCUUAUACCUACUGUGUAUGAUGCUGUAUUAAAUAAAUCAAGUGGUAGUGUAUCUUUACGUAAUUUUGAUUCAAGUAUUAUGAAACAAAGAGAAUCAUCUGAACAAAUAACUCCAUACUCGGUUAUUUCUAAAAACGACAGAAAAGUUGUGCAUAUAAUACCUAACAAGAAAAAAGCAUUUGCUGAAGCUCCAAAAGUGUUUUUAAAUCAAACAGUUCUUAAAAUCGAGAACAAUGAAAUUAAUAGUACACAAAAUGACGCAAUUGUUCUAGAAAAAAAAUUGAAUGCAACUCAUUACGUAACUGUAGAUACACAAACAUUAGACGCACAAGAAUCGAACGUACCGAGUCUUGUAGACGAUUGGAUAGACCCAAGGGAAAAUAUUUAUGCACUGAAUCCAGAUGUGGUCGCUGAAAUGGAAAUAGAUCAACCAGAAACAGAAGAAGAAGGCACAAGCGAAAAGAAAGCUAAACAAAAAUUAGAACGCCUAGAACUAAAAGCAAAAAAGGCUAUACUUUAUGCUGGUGAUGUUGCAUACCUAACAGCCGCUAGUGUAGUAGCAAUGAGACGCGCUUUAACUGCCUCAAUAGAAGUGAACAUGUCAGUGAAAUAUGCUAAGAAUGGUAUGGCAAACCAUCAAGAUUUAAUGAUGAAUUUAGCCAAGACAGCUGCCCAACAAGCUGGCAAGGAAGCUAAAAGCGCCAUAUCUAAAUCUUUAGCUUGUGAACGUGUUAUAAAACUUGCCUUGAGAUAUACUGCCCAAUCGAAAGGCGCUAAACUAAACCACGUGGCUAACAGAAUUGUUAUGGACUCUCUGUCUCUAGCUACUUUGGCCAAGUCCAUGGCAUUUGUGUCAUCUGAUAUCGCUAUAAACUCAUUAUAUCAAGCAACUGAUGUAAAACCACCUUCA